GUGAGUUUUUAGGCAAUUAAGAUGGAUUUAAAAGAAGUUACCGUACUGAAUUUGGAAAAAAUCUGUAGAAUAUGUCUGGAAGUACCGGAAGAAGCGAUUCAUUUGUCGACAAUUGUUUAUUCGACGUUUUUGCAGGAAGCGACUUCUUAUGAUUCGCAGUUAGCGGAUUUGAUUCAAAUGAAUAUCAGCACCGAUGACAUCCUUCCAAAGCAACUUUGCAACCCAUGUGCCGUAAAACUGCAGGAAUUUCACAUUUUCCGCACAAAAACUCUAAAAAGUGAAGAAUACCUCCGAAAAAUUGUUGAAAAUAUCGAAACAACCACAGAAAAUGCCCCAGAAAAUCCAACCAAAGUCCCUUACGAAACCCUCGAUCACUAUGACGAACCUUUUUACCAAAACGAGGAAUAUUUACUUAACGAAGAAACUUCUGACAAAAAAGAAAUCGAUCCAAAAACUUCAGAAACAAACCUUAAAGACGAAGUUUCUACAAAACGAAACACAAUAAAAAAUUCCGAAGCAAAAUACGAAUGUCCCGAAUGCAAAAAACCCUUCGUCAAUUUGAAAGCCCAACGCGUUCACAUGCGCUUUCAUACGGGACAAAAAUUAAAAUAUUGCGAAAAAUGCAACAAAGGCUUUUUGAAACAAGCUCAUCUCGAGUGUCACAUGAAGAAACAUGGUCAGAUACGAAAAUGCCCGUAUUGUCAGGAGGAAUUUGACAUGAUAAAAUUAUUUAGGGCUCACAUGAACAGCAAUCAUCCGACGGAAAUGGAAAAGGAACGAUCUUUUAAGAGGAAACAGCUUCGAAGCACGAAAUAUGGGCUUGAAACGGAGAAAAAACUCGCCCAAAAAAGUGUUUUAUGUAAAAUUUGUGAAGAAUCUUUUUCAAAUAUUGAGAAUUUAAAAAUUCAUUUGAUGCAGCAUAGUGAUCCAAAUACGCUAAAAAACUUAAAUUUCGCAGAAAAACCAUUUUUGUUCGAUUUUGAAGACAUAAAUAACAUAAAUGAAAGUGCUUUAAUCGAAUUUAUAUGUGAAAAAAUAAAAAAUGGCGAAUUGACAAGUUUUUAUCAAAUCCUGUCACGAGAUGGCGCUGAAAAAAGUUUAUCUGAUUCGGAUUCCGACACUGAAAACGCUGACCGUUCCUAUAUUUGUACUGUUUGUAACGCAGUUUUCCCAAAAUCUAAAGAAAUUUUGAAGCAUACCGAAAUUCAUCACGAUUUGGAACCCUUUCCCGACCAAUGUCAACAUUGUCAAAAGCAAUUUCCGUGUCAAUCGCUACUGGAGCGCCAUCUACGACAACAGUGUGAAAACGACUCAAAACGUUUCGUUUGUUCUUCCUGCCCCCAAAAGUUCUUCUGGCCCGAUAGUCUUCAGAUUCAUACAAAAAUCUACCACGAAGAAGAGGAAAAACGGAAAUUUUGUUGCGCCAUCUGUAGUCGACUUUUUCAGCGGGCGGAACAUUUGCAGCGCCAUCUGGCGAUUCAUAAUCCAGUGGCGCAAAAAUUCGAAUGCAACGUCUGUAAAAAGUUGUUUAAGCGAAAGGACAAUUUGGGAGUUCAUAUGAAAAUUCAUGAGCCGAAUCGGGAAAUUAAGUCGGAAUUUUUGUGUACGUUUUGUGGAAAGAGUUUUUCGAAUUCGUCGAAUUUGAUUGUUCAUACGAGACGACACACGGGAGAUAAGCCGUACAAGUGUGACAUGUGUGAAAAGGCUUUUCCGAGAAGUUCGGAUCUGCAAACGCAUCGGAGGACGCAUACAGGUGAAAAGCCCUUCGUUUGUGAAACGUGCGGCAAAGCAUUUUCCCGCUCCAACAAACUUUUGCGACACGAAAGAAUCCACAAAAAUAUCCGUCCUUAUCAAUGUCCUCAUUGCGAACGUAGUUUUACCCAAAGUAACGAUUUGACGUUACACAUUCGACGACACACCGGAGAAAAGCCUUUUCAGUGCGAAGUUUGUGAUAAAAAAUUUAUUCAUGGAACUGCUCUAAAAACGCACAAAAAACAACAUGAGCAAAAUAAUCAAGCUGAAAAUUCCGACACAAAAACUGUAAAAAAGAUCAAAAGGCUGGUUUCGGAAAAUAAAAAAUCAGUUGAAGAAGUAAACCAAUCAGAGGGAAAAACAGCCCAAGUACUUCCUUAUAAUCCGUCAGCGAGUUAUGGCGUGACUUUGUUAUCGAAUGGAACAGUUUUGAUGGCUGAAAUUCCGCCAAAUACAAAUGUGUACAAAAUUGAGCAAUCUUAGUGACUGUAAAUAAAGAAAAAAAUAAAUAUUUGUCAAA